AUGCCGGAUGCACACAAAGAUCAACCACGACGCUGCAAAGAUAAAGAUGAGCUUGCUUUGGAUGCCUUGGCUGUCUACAGCAUCCGCCUCCUUUGUGGAGAUAUGGUGGAGCGUGCAAGCUCUGGCCAUUUGGGCACGCCAUUUGGUUGUGCGCCGCUGGCCAACGCUCUUUGGGGGAGCAUCAUGAAGUUCUCGCCCAACAAGAGAUGGCUCAAUCGCGAUCGCUUCGUCCUGUCCGUGGGGCAUGCGUCCGCUUUGCUUUACAGCAUGCUUCACCUGGUCGGAACGGGAGCCGGAGGACCCUACGAAGUCUGCAUGGAGCAGCUGAAGCAGUUUCGCCAAGCGGGCAGCAGCACCCCCGGGCACCCGGAAUUUCGAAUGACCAGUGGUGUGGAGGUCACCACGGGGCCCCUUGGCCAGGGCUUUGCCAAUGCCGUCGGGAUGGCCAUCUCCGAGGCCCACCUGGCUGCCCGCUUCAAUCGCGAAGGCUUCCCGCUCUUCGAUCACUACACCUAUGUGCUCGCUGGUGAUGGCUGCCUGAUGGAGGGUGUAGCGCAGGAGGCUUCCUCCCUGGCUGGGCACCUCCGUCUGCACAAGCUCAUCGUCUUCUACGACGACAACAAGGUCACGAUCGACGGCGGCACCGACCUCGCUUUUAGCGAGGACGUCGGCGGCGUCUUUGCGGCCAAGGGAUGGAACGUUCUCCGCUUGGAGGAUGGAAAUCAGGUGAGUUC